UUGCACCUGCUGCUCUGGCUUUCUUCUCUCCGGAGCGGAGCGCAGCGCGUCCAGGCGUCUCCGUGGGGAAUCGGCGCGAUGGAGCCGCUCCCGCUGGCCCUGGGACUGGCGGCGUUGCUGGGCCUUUCUUCUGCAGUGUUGGAAGUUGAGGUGGCACAUCCCUCCGUGGUGGUGAUCCAAGGGCAGCAGGCCAUACUGCCUGUCUCCUAUUCAGCCCAAAGCACCGGUGUGCCCUAUGUCACCUGGCACUUUGCAAAACUGGGAACUACUGGUCACAUUCAGAUCAUGGCGUAUGUGUCCGGAACGGUGGAAGUGGCAGAUCUGGAUCUUAAGAAACGUCUUGGUUUUUUGCACUCCAUGCCUUCUAACAACGUCUCGCUUGCAAUUAAUAACACCAAAGAAACGGAUUCUGGCCAGUACAUGUGCACAGUGAACGUUGCAAAUGAGAUUACCAAGCCGGGGAAAAACGUUGGCCUUGUCAACCUUACAGUUCAUGUCCCGCCAUCCCCACCGAAGUGUCGGAUUGAAGGAAGCCCCCGUGUCGGAGGAAAUAUCACCAUGACCUGCCGUUCUAUUUUGGGCAAACCCACCCCUAUGUACUGGUGGCAACGCACCAGACCUAGCUCUCAGUUUUUCUUCGCACCUGUGCAAGACCUCACAAAGGGGACCCUGAAACUGACGAAUCUCACCACAGCUAUGUCCGGAACCUACGUCUGUAACGCUACCAGCCAAGCUGGCUAUUCCAAUUGCACCAUCACCCUGGAGGUGAAUUCACCAUUCAAUGCAGCCAUGGUGGCCGGUGCAGUGGUGGGAACCCUUGUCGGAAUUGGCCUGAUCAUCUUGUUUGCACUUCAGAUUUUGGCCUACAGAAAGAAGAAGAAGGAUGUCCAAGAGGAAAUGGCCAAUGAGAUCAAGGAAGACGCUGUCGCUCCCAAGACACUCUCUUGGGCGAAAAGUCCCGGCUCUGACGCCAUCUCCAAAAACGGCACGUUGUCGUCGCUGAACACCGCCCGGGACCACAAGCUGUACCUGUCAAAGCCUGGCUCCGACACGGCCUCCAUCACCACUGCUACUGGCAGCACGGUGGGCUACAAGCCCCCCUUCAACCACCCCAGGAGCGGGACGCUCACCCCCACUCCCAGCCUCUCCAGCCAGUCUUUGCCCCUGUACUUCCCACCCAUGGUCAAUGGAGUCCAUUGUCACCACGCCAACGUGCCAGCUCAUAGGAACACCCUCCACAGGACAAAUGGGGCUCAGCCCCAGGCCCCCCGGCAACAGGAGUCCACCGCCCCUCAGGGACUCACCACCUCCACCCUUAACCGGAUGGGUGCAGUGCCCGUCAUGGUGCCCGCCCAGAGCCAAGCCGGAUCCUUGGUGUGAACGCUCGGCGGCUCUUCGGACGUUCUGGGUCUGGGCGGCAAGCGGCUCUCCCAAUCUGAUGCAAAGCAGAGGAUGAGGAACACUCGCUCAGUGCUGCCUCCCCGCCUGCCUGCCUGCCUGCCUGCCUUCAGAGCGCCGGCGUGCAUUUUUGUGGGUCUGCCCUGCAAAGGAACCAUUUUCCAUGCAUCGAUGUAAACGGGACUUCACACAGGCUUUGGAGACUUUUUGUAACCCGCGGAGCUUCUGUCACCUUUUGGGACUUGCAGUUCCUCUUGCUGCACAAAUCCAUGGACCCCGGGACCCUCCUUGACUACAGAGGCUGCUUUUCAGUGUUCCCAUACUGGCAGAGCUGGGGGGGGGGGUUUGAGUGUCAUUCGUUCCCUUCCAGGACCUUUUUAUCUCAUUGUAGGAAAAGCCGGGCUGAGAUUGACUACCUUGGCUUAGAAGAAAGUGCCCGGGUGUGUGUGUGGGGGGGGGGGGGCAGAUCUGAAGUCUGCAGGCAGAGUAUGAUGCUCCCCUGCAAUCACUGGGAGUAGCCCAGAGAAUGGGGUGACUCCAGGUGCUCAGGAGGAGAGGGCAAAGUUAGGGUGCCGCCCUGGUCAAGGUCAGAGCUGUGUGUAUUCCCUGAACUUGUGCAACUGCAGAAAGCUGCAGGAUCUCAGCUUUCUUUCUUCUUCUUCUUUUUAAAAAAGCAAGUUUCUAGACCACAAGAGGGGAGCCUUUUUCUUGUUGCGGGCUACAUUCCCUUGGGAGUGAUUUGUCGAGGGUUGCAUGUCGGCAGUGAGUGAGUCCACCCCCUUUUUCUCUCUCUCUUUCCCUCUCUCUCACUUCUUGCCAUUCACUUUCUCAGUCUUGCUCUCUUUCUGACACCAUUUCCCCACUUUCUGCCACCUCCCUCCCCACUUCUCUCUCUCUCUCUCUCUCUCUCUGUGGCCUUAGCUAGACGUACCUUUUGGCAGAGGAGGGGAGAUCUCGUGUUAGGAUUAACGCAAGAUCUCUGCCCCGUUGACACAUAAGGCGCGACGACCUCAGGAAGAGAGGCGUCGUGCCUGCCAUUUUUAAUAUUUUUUAAAGAGGGCGUAGCGCACAAAUGCUCGUGCGCUAAAGAUAAGGUUUUUUUUUUUUAAAAAAAAAAAUUGGUUUCCCCGUUCUUCCCACCCUAACCCCAAUGGGCGCCACUCCCAGCUCCACGCGAGUAAUCACGCAGAGCGGGGUCAAUCUGUGGAAACGGGCCAGACAUUCUGUGGUCUCGGGCUCAGCCUGAGACUGUGGAAAAAGUGGGCCCAAAUAGGAGGUCUAUAUCCCGAGGCAAGGGAGGGAUGAUCCCUCCCUGAUCCCGGGAUCCCCUGUGCGUCAUCUGGUUUGCCCCGGGAUAUAGCCUGGUCUAGCUAAGGCCUCUCUCUCUCCCUCUCUCUCUCUCUC